CGUUCAUCGCGGUACCGUAUCUUCACACCGAAUCGUGUGUACAUAAAUAAUAAAUUAAACCCCCCCCGCCACAGGAUUUUUUGAAAGCUAACCGCGUCACUGGUGAUAGUAAUUAAUGAGCCGUGUGUGUAUUGGCCAUAGGGGGUGAAGACACAGGCAAAAACAUACAAUCAAACAUGCAGGAAAAAGGUUCCCCAUCCACCACGGCCGCAGGUACUCCGGCGAAGGUAAAAACGGACAGCUGGCUGGAGGAAACAUCCAUCGGUCGUUCAUUGUCAACGCUAACGAGCGGUGCCAGCUCCGGCCACGGCAAUAGAAAUGCGCGCAAGUUCUCCAACAUUUUAGAGAUGGAACGGUUCAGCAAUAGCAAUAUAGUUUCGAUGGACGAUACCAGCACAACGGUUGAUUACAAUCCCGUCGAUGACAUUCCCGUGCUGCCGGAUGCGGACGAUAUUCACGAAAGUUUGCUGUACAAUGAAAGUCCCAACCUACCAACUGUAACAACGUACAAGAACCUUAGCUCGGACAUAUUCACUAGCGGCAAAGCUUCAGCGCUCGGCAAUUUGGACGAAAUCGACAUCUCCAUUUUGACCGAGUGUCUCGAAAGCGAAGAGGACAUCGAAGAACCGGAUGAACCGUGGACCUGGGAUCAACUGUUUACGCAGCUUUCGGUUAAAAUAAGCGCCGAAACGAAAACACCGAUCGUAGAGUACAGUAACUAACAUUGCAUCAUUUACUGCGUAGGUGUGAUUAAAUCAAUUAUUUACAUUAGUUGCGCUGUCCAGUACGAGCUGUGUU